CAGAGGACCAACCUGAGGGAGCAGCAUGCCGAUCUCCUCCACCUCUUUGACGGCGAACAGCGCGUAGCCCGCCGCAUGCUCGAACAACACGUGCAACAGCACCUGCGGAAGGUAAAAGCAGUGGAAUAAGGAGCGAGCUAACGACACGAGGAGCAUGGAGGAGAGUGCUUGAAGGAGCCUAUUGAGGAGCGGAUGUGAGGGAGGACAGUAAAAAAGCUCAGAGAUCAGUUGAAGGCUUGAUAUAAAGGCUGACUGGGACAAGCUGACGCUCAGACUGGUAGAGCUCUGCUCAUCUUAAAGCACACUUCCUUCAGCAACUGACAAAGGCUGACACAGCACGACGAAGAAGAAUGAGCAUGCGCGGAGCAGUGGCUGGUUGUGUGGUGCUGGUGUGCCUGGUGGCGCUGCUGGCAGAGAGGACAGAAGGACACAUCACCUUCUUCAGCCCAAAGGAGAUGAUGCUAAUGAAGGAGCGGGAAGGUAGAAAGGACAUGGAGCCCCGAUCGGAGGAUGGUCAGUUUGAAGAGGUUACAGUCCAACAGAUUCCUCAGGCGGAGCGUGGUGGAAAUCCUGAUAAAACAGUGGAGAUUGCCAUUCGCCUUUCACCCAAACAGCUGGAUCAUGUGGCUCCAGUGCUUGAAGAGAUCAUCCAUGAUAUAGUGGAGGAACGCCAGAAAGCCAAAUAGUGAGGCCGACGCCAGGAGUGGAUGAACGCUGUACAAAUUCUUCAAAAAGCACUGAAUUCUAAAAUGUUUUAUUGUGUUUGAAUGAAUCAAGUCAAUAAAGGGAAGUAACUGUGUCACUUA